AUGGCGGCUAAUCAGAUCGCCAUCGUCGCACUCCUCCUCGGCUUCGCAUUUCCCGCCGUUCUUGCGGUGGAUGGCAACGGAGCAGCGACAUCCUCUCAAUUGAACUACGACUACUCGCGAUUCGAGUUCAACGGCGCUCCGGAGAAGACGUUCUGUCUGCUGACGGAUCGUAACGUGCACGUGAACAUGCAGAUGCGCGGGUAUUACGAGACGCGCACCGUCGGCGCGCCAGUUCUGCGCAACGGCAAGGCGGUGCGCACGUGGAUCCGCGCGCUCGGGUUCGUGUGGCGCGCGGCGACGGGGGAGGCGCAGCACAAGCUCCGCCUGGUGGCGCGCGCGGGGAAGCAACAAGAGCGCGGGGACGGGUUCUUAGCGUUGGCGGAGAUGGAUGGGGAAGCGCUUCCGCGGAUGACCCAGCCGGGCGAGGCGCGCUCUCUCCCCGGAGGUCUCACGUUCACGUUCGUCGGAAUUGAGACUGGCGGCGCGUUCGUUAAAGACGUGUACCGUGUGACUAUAGCGGGGCUUCUAGAGAUGGAUAUCAAGCUGCGCGUUGCGCACCCUCUGUUGCAAACACCUGACGACGCGGAGACGCACAUCAACAUCGCGUUCGAUGCCGUCGAAACGACCAAUCAGGUGCACGGAAUCAUGGGGCAGACGUACCGCAAGGGACGCGCGAAGCGCGCCAUGGAUUACAAAACGAUCGCGCACGCGCUAGGACGGCCCGUCGCGGCAGACGCGGCGGAGGGAGCGGGGUUCCUGGAUGGCGUGACUGCGGAUUAUGAGUCUACGUCGGUUCUCGCUGCUGAUUGCCGCUUCUCCGCGUUUCACGGCAAGGCGCUCCCCCUUCCCCGCUGA